AUGAGAAAAUCAAUUGGAUGGUGUUUGGUUUUCAUAUGUCUUUUGAUUCCAAUAGUAAUUGCAGAUUGGAACAUAUUAAAGCUAUCACGUAAUGGGUUGGAAAUAAGCUUAAAGAAUUAUUGUGAAAGUUGGAGAAUGAAUGUUGAAUUGCACAACAUUAGUGAUUUUGAAGUUGUGCCUGGAGAAUGCAUUGAAUAUAUUGGAAAAUAUAUGAAGUCUACACAAUAUAAAGUUGAUUCAGAAAGAGCAACUCAAGAGUGUUUGGUUCAUAAUGAUGGUUAUCACAUUUGGGGCAUUCUUGGGGACCAAUACAAUAGCAUUGAGGGGAUUCCAAGUCCUAUAAGGGCAUUCAAACUCCCAAAUCCAAUGUACUAUGUUUCCUAA